AUGUCUAUCUUCACUCAAACCAAGCUCCUCCCAAGCCCCAAGCACCAUGUUCACACACUAUGCCACCCUCCAGUCCUCCGCACGACUGUCCAUUGCUCCAUUACCACCACAAAGCCAAAGCCAGUCCCCGAAAAGCUCGUCAUCGAACCGCCCUGGCUGCCGCAGCUGGAACCCUCACCCGACAUCGCCCGGCCGAUGCUCAAUGACCCGAGUCUACUAUCAACAUGGUCACACCGUGCAUGGGUAGCGAGCGGGUGCACCACUGUGCUCAUUUCUCUAGCUAAAUCGGUAGUGGGUGCAGCCAAUUCACACAUAUGGGCCGACCCCAUAUUAGCGGGCUUGGUCGGGUAUGUGUUGGCGGAUCUCGGGUCCGGAGUUUACCAUUGGGGAAUUGACAACUAUGGUGGUGCCUCUACUCCAAUUUUCGGUGCACAAAUAGAAGCAUUUCAAGGCCACCAUAAGUGGCCAUGGACUAUCACUAAGCGCCAGUUUGCUAACAACUUACAUGCCCUGGCUCGUGUCAUUACUUUCACAGUGCUUCCCUUAGACCUUGCUUUUGAUGAUCCUAUUCUUCAUGGCUUUGUUGCUGUUUGCUCUGGUUGCAUUAUGUUUAGUCAACAAUUUCAUGCUUGGGCUCACGGCACAAAGAGCCGGCUACCACCAUUGGUUGUGGCAUUGCAAGAUUCUGGCAUACUUAUAUCUCGAUCGCAACAUUCGGCGCACCACCGGCAACCUUACAACAACAACUACUGCAUUGUGAGUGGAGUUUGGAACGAGUUUUUGGAUAAGCAGAAGGUAUUUGAAGCUUUGGAGAUGAUCUUGUUUUUUAAGCAAGGGUUAAGACCUAGGUCUUGGAGUGAACCUAGCUCUGAGUGGAUUGAAGAGGCUGAGACGAUUUCUGAACUUGCAGACAAUUGA